GGUGUGGUCAGUUCGGGGCGUGGUCGGGUCUGGCGAGGCCACGCCCACCCCGUAACGGCCCGAGCGGAGCUGCGGGAGCGCGAGAGCCCAAAACAGGCCCCACCAUGAAUCUCCUCCCGGCCGCCGUCACCGCCCUUCAUCUCCUCAUCCUCCUCCUCCUCUUCAUCGCCACCCUGGACAAGGGCUGGUGGGUGCUGCCGGACGCGCAGCCCCUGAACCUCUGGUACGACUGCGCCCCCCAAAACCGCUCCCAGGGCUGGGAGUGCAGCAGCCUCGGCCUCAGCCCCCUGCUGCGGGGCGUGCAGGGGCUGGUGGUGGCCUCCCUGCUGCUCUCGGCCCUCGGCCUCCUCCUCUUCCUCGGGCAGCUGCUGGGGGGGCCCCGCGGGCGCCCCUUCCUGCCCUCGGCCGCCGCCCAGCUGCUGGCAGGGCUGGCGGCGCUGCUGGCGGCCGGGCUCUUCGUGGCGGGCGGUGGCCGCGCGGGCGGUGGCCGUCCCGGGCACUGCCCCGCCCUGGCCGGGCUGGGCGGGGCCCUGGCGCUGGCCAGCGGGGGCGGCUACCUGCGCCUGCGGGCGCGCGACUGACCACGCCCACCCGGGACACGCCCGCCCGGGACACGCCCACGGGACACGCCCAUUGGACACACCUGCUGGAGGCACCCACCUGGGAUACGCCCACUGGACACACCCACCCGGGACACGCCCACCAGGGACACGCCCUCUGGAUGCAUCCACCUGGGACACGCCCACUGGUCACACCCACCCGGGACACGCCCGCUGGAUGCAUCCACCUGGGACACGCCCACAGACACAGCCGCUGAUAUGCCCGCUGGACACGCCCACCUGGGACACACCCACCCAGGACACGCCCAUUGGACACAGCCACUGAUAUGCCAGCUGGACACGCCCACCUAGGACACGCCCACCCGGGACACGCCCAUUGGACACAGCCACUGAUAUUUCCACUGGACACACCCACCUAGGACACGCCCACCUGGGACACGCCCAUUGGACACACCUGCUGGGUGCACCCACCUGGGACACGCCCAUCUGGGACACGCCCACUGGGUGAGCCCACAGGACACGCCCAUCUGGGGCACGCCCACUGGAUGCUCCCAUUGGACACGCCCAUCUGGGGCACACCCACUGGAUGCUCCCACUGGACACACCCAGCUGGGACACACCCACUGAUAUGCACACUGGACACGCCCCCUGGACACACCCAUUGACCACACCUACCUGGGACACGCCCACCUGACACGCCCACCUGGGGCACGCCCACCUGGGACACGCCUACUGGGCGAGGCCCCUCCCACCCCAACCAAUGAAUCUCUGAUGACGUCAUCGAUGACCAGAUGGUGACGUCAUCACACAGUGUGGCCAAUGACAUCAUCAGCAUGGCCAGUGACAUCACCAGUGUGCUCACUGACAUCAUCGACAGCAUCAGCAUGACUGGUGACAUCAUCAGCGAGAUGGGCGUGGCCAGCGAUGCCAGUGACGUCAUUGGCAGGCCCAGGGUGGCCAACGGCAGAAAUGACGUGGCCAGUGACAUCAUCAGCAGGAUGGGCGUGGCCGAUGACAUCACCGCAGGUGUCAACAUGAUCCGUGACAUCA